UCUCAUUCAGCGGCGCGACCUGGUCCCGGCGUGAGCUCAGGUGACGUCCGUCCGCUCGUUCGUUCGUCAGGUGCCGUCACGGGUGCUGCACCCCGCCGCUUACGUGAUUUUCAGAGCAGAAUUCGGAUUAAGAAAAGUGAGCAACAUCAUGUGCGAUCGUCGGCCCGCUAAUUACUCUCUUAAUCAAUGCAACUAACAAACUCCGGGUUGCCGGACGGAAGGGAAGCUGUUGCGCAGCGCGAGCAGAGCACCAUGCAGACCAAAAACGUGAACCAGACUCCGUUGAACAACGCUGUCGUCGUGCUCGAGAAAAACCACGCGAACAGUCAUCAUCAUCACCACCACCACCAUCACCACCACCAUGAGCACGCAGCUCAGCAGGCGAAAGAAGUUUCGCCAACAACUUCGCAGCACGUCAUAAUCAGCCCGGUCGCACCUUCUCUUUAUUCGUCAGUGAGUCAGCCGCUGUACCUUCAGACGCCCGCGCCGCCGCUGCCCCCUCGCGUGCCGCCGUCGAAGCAGCAGGGCCUCCUGAUCGUGGCCCCCAGCGCCGGGCACAGCGCAGGCGCAGCCAACCUCAGCCAGGGCGGCUCUUUGGCGGCCGCAGUCUCAGGCGUAGACUUGGACGGCUAUGGGCCCUACAAGCCGGUGCCGCCCCCGAAGCCACUGCCCCCGACCGGCUUCCAACCGCCGCCGUACCGCAUGCCCCCGCAGCACCCCGAGCAGCACGAGUUGCCUGGAGCCAUGAUGCAGCCCGAGCAACCCCACCACGGCUCUGCCGCCCUCCAGACCCAUUCCAACAAGUUUCCUAUUGAACGCGAGGUGAUUGUGACCGGCGAGAAGAGUUCGAGCACCUUCAAGGCGCGCAUCCUGCCAGAGUUCCGCGGCCAGUCGGGCGGCCCGACCACGUCGCGUCUGCAGCCUGUGCACUCGCCCCGCGGGCAGCACAGACCUCCGCCGGGGGCCAUCGCGCCCGACGCGCCCACCAGGCAGCUCGCGUGGACUCAAGACUCUGUUGUAAAGAGAUCAAGCUGUGACGCGGAACAGUUGCUCCUGUCUCGCGGCGCCACCGAGGACGAAAUCAACCGUCAACGCCAACUGUUCAAGGCACACACGAUGCACGACGUGUCCAGAGGCCCACCGCAAGACCCGUACAGCGUGUACGCGAGGAGUCCCUACCACCCCGGAGGCGGGGGCGGCGAGAACCCCUACAUGUACCGGCAGCCCGAGAUGGUGAUGCCAAGGGGCCACGAAGGGCGCACGCAGCCCGAGAUGGUGCCUGGGGUGGUGUUCUCGACGCCGACGCCCCGUCCGCGGCCGCCGGCCGAGCAGGAGCCGCCGCAGCACCGGCCCCCGCCGCCCCCGACCUCCGCUGCGGCCCCCGAGACCCCGUCGAAAAAGUUCCCAGCUAAGACGUACCACACGAUCAAGGACAUGAUCUCGACGCGGUUCGGCGCCAAGGAGGCGCCGGGCGGCAAGGAGGACGACGGCGGCUUCGGCAGGCCGGCCGCCGAAGGCAAAAGCGACGAGCCCAUCUACAACCAUCACCAGGGCGGCGUGUACACGGCGCACCGGCUCAAGGCCCGCGAGGCCGGCGACGGCGGCGGCAGGGCCUCGGCCGGCAGCUCCGACUACGAGAAGCCCAGCAGCGCCGGCGGCGACUCGGGACGCGGCCCCUCGGCCAAGGACACCAGCACAGAGUCCAGCUGCAGCCCGCAGAGCAGGCAGGACAUCCAAAAUGGAGAAUCAGAGUGGGUCGACAUGGAGAGCGAGCUGCGGCAGAUCCUAGAUCCGAGGACGAUGCACUUGGCGCCUCCGACGGCAGCACCCAGGAUGGGCGCCAACUCGAACCUGAGCGAGAGCGUCGGCUCCAUGACUCCCCCUCUGCCUCCCCUCAGCCCUUCAGGAUCACCAUGCGUGACACCGAAAGCGUCAAGAAGCUACAAGAAUCAACCAACCCAAAGCAGUGUGAGCCAAAGUGCAACGAAAAGUGCGGCCAAAGCAAGCGGCAGUAAAAGUAUUCAAACGCCCAGAAACGCGAUCCAGACCCCGAACGGUCCGCAGAGGGGCUGGAACAGGCCGAAAUCGAUGCAGGCGACCCCUGUAGAAAAGAGCGGCAGGAGUGCCAAAAAGGAGCAGGCGUCCCCUAUGAAGAGCAGCUCGAAAAUAGUCAUGAGUCCCCUGCACACGUUUGGACCACCGGACAGUGCUGCCGACAUGACUUCAACCACGACUGGGCUCGAUUUGGACUCUGUUCUCGACGGCCAGACUGAAAACACGAGCGAUGAUGACGAUGACGAGGAAGAGGACGACCUGAGCACCACCGUGGACACGACGGACGCGCAGGCCAUCCGCAGACAACUCGAGGGCCUGGAGAAUAUGUACUCGGAAGUGCUGAAGAUGCUUGGAGUCAAGAAAUAUACCGGUGGAGGAAGAUACCCUGCAGACACGAGGCCCAACAGGCGCAGACUCUAUGGAUCCAUGUCCUCCCUGCCGUCCUCGGUCAGUAGCAGACCCGUCAGGGAACGUAGGGGUAGACAGGAUGAGCGAAAAAAGGUUAAGGAUAUUAAGGGAAUAAACAAGAGGUUCCAAAGGCUAGAAUCCCACGUUGUUACCUUGGCACGAAGUGUCGCACACCUAUCAUCAGAGAUGAGGACGCAGCAUCUCAUGUUGCAGGAAAUUGAAAACAUCAGAGAAGAGGUGGCCAACUUACGGGCGACCCAGCCCGCGCUCAGAGGUCAUUCGGCGCCGAGAAUCACUUCCCUAAAAAAUUAUGAACCAUCCAAUCCACUCGGCACCAACGAAAGGAUCAAAAAGCUAACGAAAUUCUUUGGCGACGAGCCACCGUUGCUCCGACUGUUCCUCAGAAAACUCGGAUACGAGAAAUACGCAACGAAUUUUGAGUCAGAAAAAGUGGGUCUGAUGGAGUUGCCGUACGUGAGCGAAGAGCGUUUGCAGAAGAUGGGCAUCCCGCUGGGGCCGCGCCUCCGCAUCCUGCAGGAGGCGCAGGUGGCCGCCAACGCGUGCGCCAAUCAGGACUCGACCUUCAGCGUGUACGUCGUGUAAAGUGCUCAAGGACCGAAAUUAAAACGAAUUAAGAGAGUGUGUGACUUUGCAAGAUAGAGACACAGUGUUCGUGAUCUCUCUCGAAGGUUUCUUCACAACGAAGCAACGCAAGCAGCAACCCCCCACGAAAGAGUCCUCCGCCCCCGUCUGCAGCUUGCAGACUGGACUGGAGCAGGGACGGGCUCUUUGGCUACCAAAGCACCAACAAAAUACCUUGUAUCGUGUACAGAACAGACAAAUUAGUGCUCACUGAUGUUUAAAUUCAACUCUUUGUUAGAUAUCUUAAUCAAAUAAAUUUAUUUUGAGAUAUACACUUUAUUAAAAAAAA